AUGAAGGUUUUUUUAAUUACCAUUGUCAUCUUUCUGAUUCUGGUUCAUAAGACUUCAGGAAGUAUGAAUAAAUUACACUACAGAAUUAAGCCAAUGAAAUCGGAAAUUACGUGUGAGAAAGGCAAAGGAAUAUGCAGAAAGAAAUGCAGACAAUCAGAAGUUGAAUUACAUUACUGUUUUGAAAACAACCAACUGUGUUGUGUGGAUUCAUCUUCAACAAUUAUUUCUUAUGUAAAAGAGGAAUUUAAAAUAGAAUAUACCACCUCAAGUCAACCUUCCUACUGA